AUGAAGUCCUCCACGACUCUAAACUUCCUCGCCACCGCGGGCCUAGCAGCCGCCGCCCUCUUCAGUGAGGGCGAGUAUGACCGCGGUGAGGUCCACGAGAUGAUCAUGGGCAAGAAAUUCAGCAGCUGGGACAAGCAUGCUGAAGAAGGUGCAUACGAGGCCGAGAACUACGUCCCAGUGGACAGCUUCAUGCCUUGCACCGACGGCCAGGUUGUUGUGGUAGAAGGCGAUGCCAACAACACCUAUAAGUGCAACAACAUGGACCUGUUGAACUUCAAGCCUCACAGCGCCCUUGGCAGCUUCACUGGCUUCGGGUCCGGUUCAUGGGGAUGGGUUUCUGACGACGGUCGCGAGUUUGCCGCCAUCGGCCAAAAGGAUGGCGCUGCAUUCAUCGAGAUCGGACCUGAGGGAGAGAUCAUAUACCUUGGUCGCCUUCCCCAGUACUCGGUACUGCAGCGGUACUCACAGUGGCGAGAGAUCAGGAUGUACAAGAACUACGUCUUGAUCGGGAGCGAGGCCGUUGACCAUGGCCUGCAGAUCUUCGACAUGACGAAGCUCCUGGAUCUUGAUCCGGCGAAUCCAGUCAACUUCUCGCUCUCCGACCAGACCGGCCACUUCCUCGACUACGAGAAGAUGCCAUUGGGUCGUAUGCACAACGUGGUCGUCAACGAAGAGCUUGGCUAUGCUGCUGCUCUCGGCUCCGCACCUCGCUUCAACCAUAGCUGCGCGGCCGGCUUGGUGUGGAUCGACCUCUCAGACCCUUCCAAUCCCACAUCGCCUGGCUGUGCCGGUGAAGAUGGCUACGUCCAUGACGCACAGUGCGUAGUCUACCACGGUCCUGAUAGCCGAUACGAGGGCAAGGACAUAUGUUUUGGUUACAAUGAAGACACAUUGACUAUCUACGAUGCAACUGUCAAGACUGGCGUCAACCAAAGCACAAUCAUCAGCAAACUCAGCUACGACUACCACCAGUACAUUCUCCUUGACGACGAGUACGACGAGUACGACUAUGCUGUACCUGAUGGAUACCCCGUCACUUAUAUCAUCGAUGUCAGCAACCUCGAAGACCCUAAGCAGAGCGGAAUUUACAAGAGCAAGCAUUACGGUAUUGACCACAACCAGUACAUCUUCGACGGCCUCGCAUACCAGUCGAACUACGGUAUUGGUCUUACCGUCUUGGACGUCUCUGGCAUUCCAGACGACCCAACUGGCGGCAACGUCGAGGAAGUUGCUGGAUUUGACAUCUACCCCGAGGACGAUCACUUGCCAGAAGGCGGAGUGCUCGAUUUCGUCGGAACAUGGAGUCAUUAUGCUGGCUUCCCGUCAGGACACAUUGUCAUCAACACCAUCGAGCGUGGUGUGUUCGUGACAAAGCUGUCUGGCUUUGAGGGACGCGCGAGGGGCAAGAGGCACGCUGCUCCUCGCCGGCUCAGGUAG